AUGGGCGGUGGACCGUCGCUGAAGCGGGCCAUUCCGACAGAAGUCAUCUUCUGCCACAUGCGCCAAGGACAUCCGCAUCAGCUCCUUCGCUUCGACUUCAUCCGCAACGAACUGACCAAAAUGGAUUCACCGCUGCAGGCGACACUGGCCGAAUGCGGGUCCAAGCUCAAAGCGGACGGUUUUGCGGUGGCCGUGGGACGUGAGCUGAUCGUCGCUACUGGAGAUUCAUGUGAGAAACAGGUGAUCGCGAUGGACUGUAUCACCGGCAGCACACGUCCUGUCGUGGUGAAUUCGCCGUUUCUUGCGACCUUGUGCGUGGCGGCGGUGGGAGACCGGCUUUACCGUGCUUGUAGAGCUAGUGGAGACGGCGAAAAUUGGUACUGCCACGAUAUGCCCACUGGAAAAGUGCGUCGGGUCGGACAGAUCCCGUUUUACACGUACGAGAAACAUGGAUUUGCCUUACGGUAUAAUCGUGAUGCUAUGCAGGCCUUCGCGCUCCCCAACGGCCGAAUCUGGUUCCUGUCGGUCGGAUCCGUGGACGAGAAGCACGAUAACCACCCGCAGAGUUGCGUGGAAUCCUACGACAUCCACAGCAACACGUGGAAGAACCAUGCCAGCUGGACAGAUAAAGACAUAUUCCAUCAUGACAGCGGGAUCGUCGUCUUCCAAGGCUACUUGUACUUCACGGGCGGCUGCGUGUUCGACGAUCCCUUGGAGUACCUAGACAGCGAUCCCAACGUGACCACUGCUUGCUACCGCAUCUCGUUGGCCCACGGGUAUUGGCCAGAGCGUAUUGCGGAUCUGAACGUGGCACGCUAUCGUCACUGCGUCUUCAUCAAGGACGGGAAGAUCUGGGUGUACGGUGGGACCACCCACGUCGACGGGGAUAAUCAGCGGAACCGGGCGCUGACGUCCUUUGAAGCGUACGAUGCCGAGACUAACCAGUGGACCGUGAUGGAUAUACCAAUGUCCAAGGAACUACAGGAAGAAGUGGCGGGAGGGGAUUACGCACAGAAGACCUUCUGUCUGCCGCUGCAACACCGUCUUCCAUCGGUGUGCGAUGGGAAGGAAUUUAGCGCUCGUGACGACAAUUAUGAGUACGUGCUGAGGGAAAAUCGUCACAUCGCAGCGGCAUAUGGAAUGGGAGACGAUUCGGAGAACGACAGUGAUAGCGAGUGGCCCGCUGGUUUGGAUGACUGA